AUGAAAAGUGCCAUAGCACUUGGAGCAGAUAUCAACGUAUUCAAUGACGAUGGUUGUACGCCGCUCAUAUUAGCAACAAUGUGGGGAAAUGAAUCGUUGGUAGAGACACUGCUGGAGGCUGGUGCCGACUGCAACCUCCGCGACGGGGACGAUUUUGCGGCACUCCAUAUGGCUGUUUUGGCGAAAAAACUAAACACCAAGGUGGUAGAUCGAUUAGUAAGAGCAGGAGCAGACGAUACUGCCGAAGUUUGCUACGCUAUGACUCCAAUGUCCCUCCUGGAGAAAUGUUCUUAA